CCCCUCCCUCCCCCGGAGCCCUGAGGUUUCGCUCCGCGCCGCCGCAGUGCUGUAUAUAAACCAUCUUUGACCAUGGCAGCGAUGAAGCGUAAACGAGUUGUGCUUACAAUCCAGGAAAAGCUGGAAAUCAUUGAGAAACUGGAAAAAGGUGGUAACACAAGGCAACUCUCCAUCAUGUAUGGAAUUGGUGAACAGACUGUUCGUGACUUAAAAAAGAGAAAGGCACAACUACUUUCAUAUGCAAGUAGUUCAGGCUCUGCAACACUUCUGGCUAGACGCAAGUCUAUGAAGCAAUCUACUUACAAGGAGCUGGAUAGAGCAAUGUUGGAAUGGUUUAAUCAGCAGAGAGCUGAAGGGACUCCAGUGUCGGGGAUAAUUUGUGCAAAACAAGCAAAGGCUUUUUUCAAUGCACUAGGAAUGGAAGGGGACUUUAAUGCCUCUACUGGUUGGCUUACUAGAUUUAAGCAGAGGCAUGGGAUUAGAGAACUAAAUUACCAGGGUGAGAAAUCAAGUGGUGAUCAGUCAGCUGCUGCUGAUUUUCGUGAAGAUUUUGAGGAAUUUACAGAAAGUGAAAGGUUGCAGCCAGAGCAGAUCUACAAUGCUGAUGAAACUGGACUUUACUGGAAAUCCUUACCGGCAAGGACAUUGGCUUUUGAGAACGAACAUCCAAUCCCAAGCCAUAAACUCAGUAGAGAGAGACUAACUGUGUUGUGUUGCGUAAAUGCAACUGGUUCUCAUAAAUUGAAACUGUGUGUUGUUGGGAAAGCAGAGCAUCUGCAUUUGCUUCGAGAAGCCAAUCCAUUAAAUAUGCCAGUUGAUUGUUUUAACCACAAAGAAGCAUGGAUGGACUGCACAAUUUUCAAAGAAUGGUUUGAUAAGAAAUUUGUUCCCCAGGUCCGGGAGCACUUACGCACUAAAGGCCUUCCAGAAAGAGCUGUCCUACUUUUAGAUUAUGCACCCUCCAAACCCAGUGAAGGUCUUCUAAAGUCUGAGGAUGGCAACAUUUUUGUGAAAUAUUUGCCACCAAAUGUGGCUGCUCUAAUUCAGCCUAUGGACCAGGGGGUGAUAGCAUGUAUGAAGCGACACUACCGAACGGGACUAUUAAGAAAGCACGUCCAAGAAGGGCAUGACAUAAAAUCCUUUGGGACUAACCUGACGGCUCAGGAUGCUAUCACUCAAGCAAUUAGAGCAUGGAACUUAGUGAAGCCAGUCACAAUUAUACGAUCAUGGCGCAAAAUAAUUUCUGACCCAGAUGAAGAAGGGAUUCCAUCAGCCAGCUUAGUAGUGGAUGGACAGCAGCAGUCCAGAGGUCAGAAAAAGAGCCGUGCUGUACACGUGGAGCAAAGUCAAGGGAUCAGUUACCAUGAAGUCAGCAACCAAUUAUUGGCUGACAAUGAGAUGAUAGCGAGAGCCGAAGAAAUCAAAGUCGAACUGAAUGAAAGUGAAGGAGAGGAGCAAGAACUCAUUCCAGAGGGCCAUAUUAGCCACAGUGCUGCAUUAAACUAUGUAGAAAUCCUGCUUGACUAUUUGGAACAGCAAGAGGACUCACUAAUGACUGACAAACUAGUUCUCCACCGACUACGCACAACAAUAAGGAGAAAAGAGAAUGAGUCAAUGGGACGGGUAAUGGUUACUGAUUUUUUGACCAAUAAGUAAGUCCAGGCCUUGGUUUUCUCAUCUGUAAAAUGAGGGGUUUGGACUAAAUGGUCUCAAGGGUCCCUUCCUGCUCAGUUCUAUGACCUUUAGGAUCUGUUACAGUCCUGCUGGAGCUGAAAUCAAUUUAUGACCUUGUUCUGUGUUUGUUUAUUGAAGGUAAAUAUACUAAAUAUGUAUGUAUUUGUAGCUCAAAAUACUUAUAUUUUUAUUUAAUAUUAUUUUUAAAUGGGUCUCCUUUCAUUAUUUGUGUUUUUGCUUUAUCCAAGCACUCUUUGCCACCCCUUUUGCCUCUGCCCUACAUUUCUCAGGAUAAUCAAGAAUUAACUUUGUUUUCUUACAUUAAAAUUCUAUGGCAUGUAAAUUCCAGUUCACUCUAAGCCCUGGAAAUGGUGGGUGGCAAGAUGAGCCAUCAAUCAGUCCUUGAAGACAUGGGCUCAGAGGCAGCUCUUAAAUCCCUUUGUUUGCUUCCACCACCUUAUAAUAAAGAUGACAGUUAUUCACAUUGGUUGCAAGUUUUUCCUCAUAUGCUAAAGUUGUUCUUUGCUAGUGUGCAGACCUCAUUGUAUUUAAUAAAUAUCCCAGCAUGGCUAAAAUAGUAGCAUGUAAUGUUAAUGCAUACAGUAAAUGACUAGUAAUAGCCAUACUAAUCCAGGUCUGAUAAUUUGUGCUUGGGGAGUGGUAAAGAUAAUUCUGUUGUCUUUUAUUGUCAGGGUACCACUGGGUAGAAGUACGAAACAGAUUGUACUGUACCUGACCAGUGGGUGGGCACUGUUAUCACUAUCACUCAAGUCCAUUUAUAAGUGCACUCUGGAAGCAGUGGAGGUAACAUACGGGACUCUAGCUGGGAAGGCCUGGUCUCCAUUUUGAGGACUUCAUCACAUAAAGGAAUCUUUAUUUUGGUUAUUUCCUUCUGUUGCCCACUACAGAGAGUAGUAUGUGGGCUUUGUCUUAUACAUUAGGACUUUAUGAAUGGAUAUGUUUUUAUUUUUUCUUAGCUAUGUCAGAAGGGGCUAGUUAGGAGGUUCAUUUCCUGUAAUGAAAACAAGGGAACAAAUAACCACGCUGAUAAUUCCCCAGAAUCCCAGUGCUCUGAGGUAUGGCUGGUUGAAUAGGUUGGCAUCUAGCUACUCUCAGAAACAACCCUCUGUGAGCCACAAAUCAGCAUCAUGGGGCAUGGAGGGGACGGAGGAAGAACAGUGUUUAGGAGGUGAAAAAGCAUUCCUUUGACUUUCUUCUUUCUGUUAUCCAAAUCACAAACUCAUUGGUGAAGGCAAGGAUUAGGGGUGUUUGAAGAGCUAAAAACAGCUCAGAAAGGUGUGGCUUCUGGGGGUGCUGGCUUCAUAUGAGUGUCCCAUAAGCACUUCAGCCUUUAUUCAUUGCUUUUUUGGCAUUUGGUACAUUAGAAAUUGACUCUAAGCUAUUAGUAUCUUAGUGGCAAAGUCUGUACCAUUUUUCCAGUUUAUUGUGUUAAACUGAGCAUUCUGAUUCUAUAAUUUGAGUGAUAUGAAGUGAUAAUUAAAUGCUGUAAGACUACUCAAUCCUGGGACUUCUGUGAAAAUGAGACUUACUUCGUGACUCUAUCCCAGGUGAACAAAUUUGUAAAUAAAAAAGUUACUGAGGACCUUUUCAGAUGCA